UAAAGCAACAUAUCGUUUUUUUUAAUAAUAGAAUAAUAUUUAAUAAAUCAAGAUAGUAGAAUGUUGUCAGUUAAAAGAAUAAUUAUAGCAAUAAAUUUUGUUUGCAUUCUUUGUCUAGCUAAUGCGAAAGUUUUUCAACGCUGUGAAUUAGCUAGAGAACUUUUACAACAUGAUGUUUCAAAAGAUGAUAUUUUAGACUGGGUUUGCAUCGCUGAAUUUGAAAGCUCUUUCAGAACGGAAGCAAUUAAUUAUAACAAUUGGGAUGGUAGCUGGGACUGGGGUCUUUUCCAAUUAAAUGAUCGCUAUUGGUGUGAUGGAGGCAAACAAACUGCUAAUGUUUGUAAGACAAGUUGUAAUGAUUUUCUAACUGAUGAUAUUAGUGCUGCAUUUAAUUGUGCCCGUAUAAUAAAGAAUGCUCAUUCGCAUGAUCAUAAUGGUUUUGGUGCUUGGGUCGCAUGGAAAACUCGUUGUCAAGGCUGGGUGGAAAGUAAACAACAAACUCAAAAAUGUCUUAUUUAAAUAGAAGCGAUUUAGGCAUUAAUUUCUUUAUUAAAAAUUUAAAAAAAAGUAUGUAGUUAAUAUAAAUUUGAAUUAAGAACUUCAAUAUUAUUGUUUUGAAUUAA